AUGAAGCAUAGAGCAGCAGCAAAUAGUCUCAAUUAGAAAGAGAAUGAAAAAUGUAUAGGCAAUCAAUAUUCAUACAAAUCGAGACCUCCUUUACAAUAAGAUUUACUAAUGAGCUUAAAGAAUUAACAACUUAGAAAUCUGGAUGCAAUCAGUUAGAUUCUAUAAUCUAAAAUUUGUAAAGUUGAAAAAAGAGAUAAUGUCGAAUACUUCAAAUUUGACUUCAAAUAAUCAAAUAUUUGUGAUAGAGUUAAGUUUCUUUGUAAUUAACCAGAUGAUGAUAAUAAUAAAACAGAAAAUUUUAAAGCUCAAUAUAAAGUAGGCAGUCGUAUAGGUUAAGGAGCAUAUGCUUCAGUUAGAGUUGCUAUUUAAAUAGAAACCAACACUAAAGUUGCUAUAAAAAUCUAUGAAAAAUAAAAAAUACGUGAUUUAUAGCGUCGUAAAGGAGUACGAAGAGAAAUAGAAAUUCUUGAAAAGUUAGAUCAUCCGAAUAUUGUUAAGAUUAUUGAUACUGUAGAAUCCAAUAACCAUGUAAAUAUUAUAAUUGAAUAUGUGAGUGGAAGUUCACUACAUCAUUUUAUUCGAAAAUAAACUGUAUAUGAUUAUCAUAAUUUAAUUAGGAUAGAAGACUUGAUGAAGAGAUUGCAAAAACUAUAUUUAAAUAAAUUCUUGACGCAGUGUAAUAUUGUCACUCUAAAAAUAUUGCUCAUAGAGAUCUUAAAUUAGAAAACAUUUUACUUGAAGGUCAAACACCUAAACUUAUUGAUUUUGGAUUUUCUACAUCUUUCCCUAUUGAUAAGAAAGUCAAAAUGUUUUGUGGUACUCCUAGUUAUAUGGCUCCAGAAAUUGUCACUAGGUAAGAAUAUAGAGGAGAUAAAUCAGAUGUUUGGGCUUUAGGAGUAGUCCUAUUUACUAUGCUUUAAGGAGUAUUUCCAUUUAAAGGAGAAACUGAUGCUGAACUCUAUUCUAAAAUCUAAUCAGGAGAAUUCACCAUCGUUCAUGAUAUAUCCAAAGAAGCAAUUGCAUUACUCUAUGGAAUGCUUACUACUGAUCCUGAUGAAAGACCAACUGUAAUUGAAUUACUCAAUUAUCCAUGGUUUAAAUAAUAAAAUUUACCACAUUAAUAUGAAGAUCCCAAAAAAAAACAUAAAUUACCUGAAGAUUUAAUUGAAGAUCUUAAUACUAUUACUAAAAAUAUGUCCUAUAUUACUCCUACUAGUUAAAUCAAAUAGUAAUUCUAUUUUGAUUUCUCACAUCUUAAAAAUGGUUCAAAACCUAGUUCUAAUAAGGUAUAAUUCUUAUCUAUUCAUUAGGCUGUCAUUCCUAAACCCUCUUAUUUUACUACUACUAAUGCCUAAACAAAAUCUAGAGAACCUUAGUUUUUCAAAGUUGAAAAAAUAUUAACUAAAAAUGAUAGACACACUACUACCCAUUCAAAAGAAAGGCAUCCUACUUUGUCAAAAGAAAGAUAAUCCUCCUAUAGUUUUGAAUCAAGUAGAGGAUUAUCACAAAAAAAAAAUCCUCAUUAAUUAACUGUCCAUCCUAGUUUCAUACCUAGUGAAAAAAGCUUUCACUCUUUCAAAAGUCCUUAAAUGGCUAUUAAUGAUAAGCGUUCUUUCAAUUUUUUUUAUAAUUGA